UCCUUGGCCGCGACAGGGUUGGAGCGGGUGCGCUAAGCGGGGACUCUAUGGUUCGGCGAGGCCGGCGCUGGGAAGACAGCGCUCUGGGCCGGCAUCCCGCGUCUCUAUGGUUGGAGGAGCGCCAGCCGGAGAGUUGCGUAGGGGUUGGAGCGGCGCUCUAGGCCGGCUGGCGCUCUAUGCUCCGGGCCGGUUGCUAGGCUGAGCGGGGCCUAGGCCGCGGCGUGUCCGGGGCGCCAUGGCCGCCUCCCCGUCCCCGGCGGCGGCGGCGGGUCCCCCGGACGGGCUGUGCGUGCUGUGCUGUGGGGAGCUGGAGGUGGUGGCGCUGGGCCGCUGCGAGCACCCGAUCUGCUACCGCUGCUCGGUGCGGAUGCGGGCGCUGUGCGGGGUGCGGUACUGCGCCGUGUGCCGGGAGGAGCUGGGCCAGGUGGUCUUUGGAAGGAAGCUUGCAUCCUUUUCAACAAUACCAAUCAACCAGCUGCAGCAUGAGAAGAAAUAUGACAUCUACUUUGCUGAUGGAAAAGUUUUUGCACUGUAUAGGAAGCUUCUGCAGCAUGAAUGCCCUCUGUGUCCAGAUGUGCGGCCAUUCAACACCAUUGUGGACUUGGAACAGCACAUGAGAAAACAGCAUGAGCUCUUCUGUUGUAAACUGUGUGUUAAACACCUGAAGAUCUUUACACAUGAACGUAAGUGGUAUUCCCGCAAAGACCUCGCUCGACAUCGAAUACAUGGGGACCCAGACGACACAUCUCAUCGUGGGCAUCCCCUUUGUAAAUUCUGUGAUGAGCGUUAUUUAGACAACGACGAGUUAUUGAAACACUUGAGACGAGAUCACUAUUUCUGCCACUUUUGUGAUUCCGAUGGUGCUCAGGAAUAUUACAGCGAUUACGAAUACCUUCGCGAACACUUCCGUGAAAAGCACUUCCUUUGUGAAGAGGGACAGUGCAGUACAGAACAGUUCACUCAUGCUUUCCGUACAGAAAUAGAUUACAAAGCACACAAAACAGCCUGCCACAGCAAAAACAGGGCCGAGGCCAGACAGAACCGACAGAUUGAUCUUCAGUUCAACUAUGCUCCCAGGCACCAACGGAGGAAUGAGGGUGGUGUAGGUGGAGAGGACUAUGAAGAAGUUGACAGAUAUAACAGACAAGGACGACCAGGUAGAUCGGGACUCCGAGGAGGGCAGCAAAACAGAAGAGGGAGCUGGAGAUAUAAGAGAUCUCUGGUGGGCCUGUGCUUUGGAAAAAGAAGAGAGGAAGAAGAAGACCGAGAUAUUGCAGCAGCAGUCAGGGCAUCAGUAGCAGCAAAACGGCAAGAAGAAAAGAAACAAGUCGAGGAUAAAGAGGAUGGCAGUCGAGGUAAAAAAGAAGAAUUGAGGGAUCCAGACGUGUCCAACACUAAACGAGUGCCAAAGCCUUCAAAUGAAGCCACAGUUCCAAAAGAAGCAGCUGCUAAUGGUGCUUUAAGCCAAGAUGACUUUCCAGCGAUUGGCUCAGCAGCAGGGCCCCCACAACGCUCUGCUCAGCCGGCAUCAGUUAAGCUGAAGGAAGAAGAUUUCCCAAGCCUUUCCUCCUCUGCAGCACCCACCAUCGCGUCUGGGGUGUCUUUAACAUACACAGUUGCUGCCAAGAAAACAGCCUUUCAAGAGGAGGACUUUCCGGCUCUGGUCUCCAAAAUGAGGCCUAAUGCUAGAACAGUGUCUAACAUCACAUCUGCAUGGAGCAACACUUCCAAUAAAAGCGCAGUUAAAGCCGUCACUUCCCUCAGCUCCAGUUCAAACCAUCUGGCCAAAAAACCAGCCCCCUCGAACAGCAAUAAAGGAAGCAGGAAGAGCGGUAAACUCUCCCUGUCAGAUGACGAAGACAGUGGCAGUGGCUUGACGACCCAGGAGAUCAGAAAUACACCGACAAUGUUUGAUGUAUCCUCCUUGCUGGCAGCUUCCACCUCACAGACUUUUACUAAAGUGAGCAAGAAAAAGAAGAUGGGAGUUGAGAAGCAAAGAGCAUCAUCCCCUCAGCUGCCAGAGGAGACCUUGCCUCCUGCAUCAGCUUUGGAAAAACUGGCAGAAGCUGAGCAGAUGCCAAGUGCCCCUGCAAAUCUUCACUUCCCCGACAGAUCCGCAGCUGUCAUGAAUGGUCACUUGGAAAAAUCAGUAGCAAUUUGUAGUGCAUCCAAAGAGCCACCUGGCCUUAAAAAGCCUCCAGUGACUAACCAAUGCCCUUUAUCUCAGGAAGACUUCCCGGCGCUCGGGAGCUCGGGACCAUCUAGAAUGCCACCACCAGGCUUUAUCUCUGUGGAGCUAUUAAAGAGUCCCCCUCCGCCUCCAGGGCUGUCAGUGCCUGUUAGUAAACCACCUCCAGGUUUUACUGUUAUUCCAUCCACCAAUGUCUCUGAUCCUGCCACUACAUCUCAGAACGAGCCAAAACCCUGUCGAGGAUCUUACUUGAUACCCGAACAUUUUCAACAAAGGAACAUUCAGUUAAUACAGUCUAUAAAGGACUUUCUUCAAAGUGAUGAAUCUAGAUUCAAUAAAUUUAAAACUCAUUCUGGACAGUUCAGACAGGGGCUGAUUUCUGCAGCAGAGUAUUACCAAAGCUGCCGAGAGCUGCUUGGAGAGAACUUCACGAAAAUCUUUAAUGAGUUAUUGGUGUUGUUGCCAGACGCAGCUAAGCAGCAGGAACUGCUUUCUGCUCACAAUGACUUCAGAAUCAAGGAGAAACAAGGCUCAAACAAACCCAAAAAGAACAAAAAGAAUGUCUGGCAAAUGGACUCUGCUUCUGAGCUGGACUGCUGCAUCUGCCCGACGUGUCAGCAAGUGCUGACUCAGCAGGACAUAGCCUCCCACAAAGCUUUGCAUAUUGAGGAUGAAGAAUUCCCUUCCUUACAAGCAAUCAGCAGAAUCAUCACUUAGCUUUCACGAAGACCAAUAAAACAGUCUCAAUCUUAAACGUGCACUUUUUGGAACGAGGUUUGACAGUGUAGUGCUGCCAACUGUGAGGGCCAGUUGAGUAGUCUUACGCAGGUUAGCAUUGGGAGGUUCAGUGCAGCCCUGCCUAAAAGUGCUGUGUAAAGGGAUCACUGGACUACACCUGUAUCUAAUUAACACCCAAAAUGUUAGCAUUGUAAACACCUGAUUAGAAACAGGCUAACUUUGCAGGUUCGUCAGGCGAGUGGCCACCUUGCAAGACGCUACAGUUAAAAGGUGGAAAUCUAUCAUUGCUAUUGGUGGAAACAGCUCUACGUUGUUUUCCUUAAUAUUCUGGUUACAGCUAAUAUUCUAUUUUUGUGGCCACAAAGAGAGGGAGGUAAUUGGCGCAGAGUUAGGAAGAGAGAUGGAAGCUGCGACAUUGGUGAAUAAGACCAUUAAAAUGUAUGCUGUAAACACCUCUCUGUUUAUAUAGCAAAGAAUAUUCCUGGCUGAAAGCUAAAAUACUACUACUACUACUUGAAUUGGACUGAUCUUUCUCUGUGGUUAGUUGAACCUGGGAUUUGAAGUUGCCUCUGACUUUCUAUGUAAUCGUGUUCUUUAAAGAAACUUAUUUUGUAGGACUGCAUGUAGUAAAGUAGUGUUCAAAGCUUUAGUCUCUUCAAAGGGCAUUUGGUUCACCGUAAUUUUAUUUAACAACUGCCAUGUUUGAUUUCUUGGAUGUGUUACUGGUGUUGGCACAAAACAAACAGCAAAUUGGAACAUGAAAUGCUGCUGGUCGCUGACCGUUCUGUUGCUCUGCAGUGCCUUUAAGUGCAUUUAUCUGUUGACAGUGGUCUGCACUGAAGAGGACAAGCUGUUAAGAAUUGUAGGAGUGUUUUACUUCCUGGGACUCCCUUGGUGGCCACAGUCUGGAGGAGCUUUGCUCCUACCACUUGGCAUUUAUAAAUCCCAGUUGGAGGGGCUGGGGGAUCUGUCAAUCAUCUGAAGCAACUCCUCCAGCAGCAGCUUUAACUGGAGGGAGUGUCAAGCAGCUUUCCUGUGGGCACUUUCAUAGCUGUAGCUUCUGAGUGUCUGAGACGCACCAACCAUGGCAGACCAUGUUUAAUUUUUACCACAUAGGAAUAGAAAUGAAAAUUAAUUUUUGAGCGACAAGACACUGCUUUUAUUUAAGCAGCACUUCUAGGAAACGGAGCUUGAGCUGUUGAAGCAUUAGUCUUGGCUACAGAAACGAAUGAUCUUUGCCUUCUCUUUCAUUAUUGAUUUUGCUUGAUGCCAGACUGCACUAUCUCUGGGUUGUUUGUUUUCAUAUAACUCAGGAUAUUUUUCAGUACCUGAUCUUGUGCCAUUAUUCAUAGGGCCAGGCUAUAUCCCCUGAAAUGAAGAAGAGAAAUGAUUUUCCAAGGGGUGUAUCUUGUUGCAUGAUUGUGUAUAUUCUGCAUGUAUACAUAGCAAAGGUUAAUGUUUUCAAAUGAUUGUUCCUAAGUUCUAAAUCUCUAUUUCCCAUGCAGUAGAGACUGGUAUUUUUACGUUGGUCAUGCUACCACAAUUAAAAAGUACUUUCACUAUGAAAGCACUUACAUGCUUCUCUGUUAGCUAUUGACCCAUGAUGUAAACUGCUUUCCCCUUGUCGCUUAAUUUGAUUUGUAAAGUUCAGAGGUGAUGAAAUGCAUAUUCUUUGAAAGAGCAUCUUGUGCCUUCCCUUUAUUUUCAGUUAGUUUCUUCUGUGUUAUCAAACUGUUAUGUAGGCCUCACCUAGGGGAUUGAGAACUUGAAGUGACCCAUCUAUCUAGCCUGAUGCAGGUUUGUUGUUCCAUGUGCUCACAUCAUUAAAUAAAGUAUUAUUGGAGUUUUCA